AUGAUGGGACCUGACAACAACUGGCUCCAGCUCAUGCUGGACUUGACGCCUGCAGAGUGUGGACUGACAAGACUGCGGCACCGAGCAGACAAUGCGUUCAUGGUGAACAUGGGUGCCAGAAUCAUCCAAAUGCAGUCUGGGUUCGCAAUGCUGGAGUCUGCGUAUGUACAGCCAAACGGGUCUGCAAACAUAAUGAUGAAAAACAUGAUGGACCUUUUUGUUGGGGCAGUCGCCUACUUGUUCUGUGGGUAUUGGAUAUCCCAUGGAGAGACCCACAUGACCGCUUUUCUUGGUGGAGACCUGGACUUUUCUCAGUGGUUCUGCAGUUUUUCGUAUGCCACCACGUCGGCAACCAUUGACAGCGGAGCCCUUGCGGGCCGCAUUGCCUUCUGGGCUUACGUCGUCCUCUCCACCGUCAUGACGGGCAUCACGUAUCCCUUAGCAGCAAGAUGGAGUUGGGGAAAUGGAUGGCUGCAGCAGCUGGGUUUCGUGGAUUUCGCAGGUUCCGCUGUAGUGCACAUGCUUGGUGCCGUCAGUGCCCUGGUUGGGGCUUGUUUUUGCGGUCCACGCAUCGGGCGAUUUCCUUCUUACCGCUGCUGGCGUGGCCUCGGCAAAUGGCUCUUCCGGGAGAAAAACAGCUCGGAGUACUACCAGAUACCCAAGGAGCCUUCUGAGAAGAACCUUUUCAGACCGUUUGUGCGCUGCCGCCACCCGGUUCAGUUGCUCUUCGGAACCUGGCUGCUGUUGGUGGGAUUUCUGGCCUUCAACCCAGCGUCUACCCUUGCUGUGACAGAGGAUGCGGAUCUGGUGGUGGGCCGCGCCUCCGUCUGCACAUUGCUUGCUGCAGCUGGGGGCGGCCUCGGUGGCAUGCUCUGGUCCAUGGCCAUCACCCGCAGCACCGUGGUGCUUGUGCCGGAAGUGAGCAAUGCAGUCAUAGCCGCUUUGGUUGCCAGCUGCGCGUGUUGCAAUGCCAUCAAUCCGGUGGUUGCGAUGUUUGUGGGCUUUGUAGGGGCCAUUCUGGCUCUGGCCUGCGACGCCUUGCUGGUCCGGCUGCAGAUAGACGACCCUGUGGGGGCGGUGGCUGCGCAUGGGCCACCUGGCGUUUGGGGGACGGUGGCCGUGGCCUUCUUUGCCGAGCCAAACUGCCAGAGCGACGUGCAAGGCCUGCUCUAUGGUGCCAGCACAGCAGGCUGGCAACUACUGGCAGUUCAGAUUCUUGGCGUUGUGGCUCUAUCAGCCAUGUCAGCCGGGGUCACCUAUAUCACUCUUCUCUUUAUUGACAUCAUUAUGGGUGUUCGCUGCAGUCGUGCUUGUGAGCUGAUCGGGCUUGAUUUCUGGGAACACCAGUUCGACGAUGGUAGUGUUGCUGGUGACAAUCCCAUCAAAAGGAUGUCCACUCUCCGCAAAACCUUCCAGAGAGCUUCUUCCUGCUGCUGCUACUGUGGCAGCGCUCCAGAUGCGGAACAAGAUGCAUUGGGACAGCCAGCAAGCGCACCUCACCCGGCUGCCACGAAACCUUCAAACUUGGAAAACUUGAGCCAUGCAGAGCUCUCAAUGAAGAUCCAGUCCUUAGAGGUCAAACUCGAACGUUUGAUGACUGCCAUGUUGCAGGAUGGAAGCACUUCGCAAGACAUUUUUGGCGGAGAGUCUUCUCAUUCUCAGUCUUUUCGAGCAGCAUGCAUCAACGCAUACGUUGACAAGAUGACGGAAACCCCACCAGCCAUGUAG